AUGGUCCGUCAAACUCAAAGUCCGUGUAGACUAGGCCGGAUGGCUAAGCCGACCCGUAUUUAGAGCUCUACUUGUUUUAUUGUGCACUAUGCACUCAUGUUUAACCACGUAACUACCGGUCUAACUAAUUAAACUCACACGUCAUUAUAACAGCCCCUGAAUUUCCGUUUAAUAUACUUUCACCCUCUCUUACCUCAAAUUUAUCAUAAUAAUCACUCUCCACAACCCCUAACAACACACUUCUCCCUAGACCAACAACACCCAAAUAAUGGCGCGAGGCGCUUCUUCCCAAUCCACUUCCUCCUCCACCACCCGUCCGGGUACCACCGCACCCCGUGGCUCCGCCGCCGCUGCAGCUGGCAUGCGCCGACGUAGGCUCAGUGGUUCCUCCUCUGCCGCAGGUGGUGGUGGUAGUGGCGUAGUUGGCUCUGGCAACGCCAACAAUAUGCUCCGAUUCUAUACCGAUGAUUCUCCCGGUUUGAAGAUCAGCCCGACGGUUGUCCUCGUGAUGAGCCUUUGCUUCAUCGGAUUCGUUACUGCUCUCCAUGUCUUGGGAAAAUUCUACCGCUACCGAUCCGCGUCGGGCUCCGGAGCCUGAUUAUUCGGGUUUGUGACUUUGAUUUCGGAUCACGAUGAUUUUGAAACCCACAUCAUACAGGACAAUUUAGUUUUUUUUUUUAUGGCUAAUUUCACGGUCUUUUGUUGGUUCUAUUUCCUUUUGUUGGCUGAAUUUGACUCAGUGUUAGGAAGAUGAUAAAAGAAGCUCCCACGUAAGGGAAUUCUGGAGUUUACAUGUGUAAUGCACACUCUUUGUUCAAAAAUUGUUCCGUUUUGCUAUAUUAAUUGGUUUGUCUUUUAUUA